ACCUAUUGGAUCAAUCGGUUGUCACUCAUCCUCCAUACAAAAACCGCACUGCUAGGAAACAACGGCACUGACAGCAUUUCCUACUGUUAUUUACUAACAGUUAACACAGUUUGAGAAGCUUUAGUUUGAUUUUACUGAAACUUUCGACAUGGCUUCUAGCUUCAGAAAACCAAGUGGCACCACAAACCAGCGGAAAAGAGCAGGACCCAAACCUGAACUGACUGAAGAACAGAAACAAGAAAUCAAAGAAGCCUUCGAUCUGUUCGACACAGAUGGCACAGGAACUAUAGAUGUGAAAGAACUGAAGGUUGCUAUGCGAGCUCUGGGCUUCGAGCCAAAGAAAGAGGAAAUAAAGAAGAUGAUCGCUGAUAUUGAUAAAGAAGGAUCGGGUACAAUUGACUUCAGUGAUUUCCUGUCUAUGAUGACACAGAAGAUGAGUGAAAAAGACUCUAAAGAAGAGAUCCUGAAAGCAUUUAGACUUUUCGAUGAUGACUGCACGGGCAAAAUCUCCUUCAAAAACCUCAAGAGAGUAGCCAAGGAGCUCGGGGAGAAUCUCACAGAUGAAGAGCUACAGGAAAUGAUCGACGAGGCUGACAGAGACGGUGACGGAGAGAUUAAUGAGCAGGAGUUUUUAAGGAUAAUGAAAAAGACAAGUCUAUACUGAGUCUACACCCCCAUGUCACUAAAGCUGUUGUGUCUGUAAGCCUCUGAAAGUGUUGCUUCAUGUUGCCUUCUUUUCUAUGAGGUUGUAAGAAUAUUUUAAUCUAUACAUAUUUUGUACAAUAUUCAAUAAAAAUGUAUUUGCUGUA